CCCCCGUGGCGGCCGCAGUAACUAAACACAACCCGCGCGCGCACACUGCGCUGACACGGAACAGACACGACACGGGACAGACACGACACGGCUCCGACACGCCACGGCCGCGCCGCUAGUGUAGUGCACUGUGAGGACCAGGGACACAAGUGACUUGGAUGUGUUCAGUGUGUGCCCAAAACUGAAGUUUUGAAGUUUCAGCUGUUUUUGUUUUUUUUUGGAUGUGUAAUAGCUAGAAGCAGACGUCACGAUGACCAUACAACGGAUGUCCAGUAAGGGACGGAUCUCCAUCGUCAAAAUACAGAAUUUUACUAUAGAGAGGAGACAGUCGGUGAUCCCGCUGGUGUACGGCACGCUUCUCCUCGUGGUGGCCGUCGUCAUGGCAACCGUCAGCCCGCUCGAGCGGAUCACCAACUGGUACCUGCGAGUCUCCGAGGGUUCGUUCGUGUACCGCAUGUGGCAGAACCCCACGUACGACCUGUACUGCGACGUGUACAUCUACAACUACACCAACAUCCCCGCCUUCCUCGCCGGCGACGACGCCGUGCUCAAGAUGACGGAGGUCGGACCCUUCCGGUACAAUGAGAAGAGAACCAACCGCAACAUGUCCAUAGACCACGAGUCGGGGCGCCUGCGCAUGACGCCGCACAUCAACCUCACGUUCCUGCCGCACGAGUCCGUGGCGCACACCAAGGACGUCUACCUCAACGUGCCCAACAUCGCGCUCAUUGCUAUCAGCACGUUAGCUGCGGACAAGCUCGGCUACAUCGCGAACCUCGGCGCCUACUACUCCAUCUCCGCGACCGGCUCCAAGCUGUUCCUCAACAUCACGGCGCAGGAGUACCUGUGGGGCUACCAGGACCCCAUCGUCACCAUCGCCAACCGCUUCCUGCCCGGCUGGAUCGACUUCGGCAAGAUCGGCAUCAUGGAUCGGUUUUACGGUCAGAAGAUGCUGGGUACAGAGGUGCAGAUCCGGGACACGCACAGAAGGUUCGAGAUCGAGACGUGGGACGGCUCGGCCGGGCUCGUGGAACAGGGGUUCAAGGAUUUAAACACUAGUUCGCUGUGCAACACCAUCAAGGGUUCGUUCGAGGGCCUGAUGUUCUCCCCGAAGGUGUUCGAGGACAAGGAGAUCCGCCUCUUCAGGAAGCAGGCGUGCCGGGUGUUCCCCUUCGUCUACCAGAAGGACAUGAUGACCGAUUCCGGAUUCACUAUUCAAAGAUUCCAAAUGGAGCGCCAUGCUUUCAACAACACUUCCCCUUACGCCUGUAAAUGUACCGAAAACUGUCUGCCUAAUGGCUUCGUAGACAUCAGCUCUUGCUAUUAUGGUUUUCCUAUCACGCUAUCUAAGCCGCACUUCAUCGACGUAGAUCCCGCACAGAAGCUGCACUUCGAGGGCAUGACCCCCGAGCCGGAGAAGCACGAGUCCCGCCUGGAUAUUGAACCGAACACGGGAGUGCCCCUGUCGCUUCAGUCCAACAUCCAGGUGAAUAUCGCGGUGCGCACCAACGCCGGCAACCCCAUCACCAAGCCGCUCAAGGACAAGGUCAUGCCGCUCAUGUGGGUCUCUCUGUACUGUCGGGAGGCGCCGCCCGAGGUGCUAUCGCUGCUGCGGCUGCGCUUCGUGAUCGCGCCCCCGCUCGUCAUCACCGCCACCGUCCUGCUGUUCCUCGCCGGGGCCGUACUCGGAGCCCAGGGAUUCUACCGCCUCCUGAGACCCAAGUACCGCCUGAUAGAACCCGAGGUUGUCCCCAAACCCAGAAGGAGGAAGAGCAGCAUCGCCAUCAACAUGUCUGAUAACAAGGCAUUCAAGGAUGAUGACGACAUGGCUAAGGAAGCCGUCUCGCUGCUCGCCAUCAGAGAAGAAGACUCAGAUUUACCUGAUCUAAUACUUACUGAUUGAGGCCCUUCUUCUGGACAACCAGGUUUUCUAUCGAUGGAUAAAGCGGUGUCAGUGAUGAUUUACAAAUUAACCUAUUAUUAUACUAAAACAUCAACUACCUAUAAGAAAUUAAGGUUACCUGUACAUUAUACGAGCAAAUAUUGCCUAUAGGAUACGACUUAGUUAGUCAUGUAAUUAUAUCUUGAUUCAAUGAUAUGAAACCUAAAGUCUCUAAGGAUCAAUCAAAGCUUUUAUGAUUUUCUAAUAACAACGUGGAUGGUAGUUUACCUGUUCAUUCUCAAAAUAGUUGAUCCUUGGAUACUUUUGAUUGCCCUCUAUUAAAUGUCAUUGCCAGUUAGUUAGAUAGGUACUUGUUCUUAUUGGUGAUUGAAAUCGUUUUACUCUUGAUUACUAUGCCCAGCAAGUGCAUAGUAGCUGUUAUAAUAAUACACACAACUAUUUGCUCAACAUUAUGCUCUCUCGUCCAUUUCCAUUUGAAUAUGAGUCUUCAAUAUUUGAAGUCAUUGCUCAAAUACUAUUAAGAUUAUUGUUAAUUUAUUUGUAAUUUAAGAAGUAUUCUUCUUUAGGGUAAGAUAUAGUCCUAAUUUCGAAUGUCUUUUCUUAUUAGUGUACAUAGUAGAAGCUCAUUGUUCGAAUCUCGCGGGUCGAGUGUUAGCUAGACGUACUAGAGUUACCUACAAGUUACCGUAAUUUUGGUACAAACUGAAAAGUUUGUUGUUAUCCUUUGAUAGUUAGUAAUUGAAUAUUACUCGUAAAGGUGUGUCAAGGGCUUGGUUUCCAAACAAAAUUUAGUAGAAUGAAUAAAUAUUGCCGUAAAUGAUUACUUCCUAAAGCUCACACAUUUGUUUGGAAGCCGGCGCGUCCUGACAGUCGACUAUUGACUCGAGCUUUCGCUAAACUGAGAGGACGUUACUGAAAGUGAUGCUAAAUUGUAACGAAUACGUUCCAAAUGUGAUAUUAUUAUUAGUUAUUAGUACUUAGUGUCUAGUAGGGUGAACACUAUUCUUCAGCACAUUGAAGAUGUGUUUUUGUAAAUAAAAUUUUGAACAUAUCGAAUCUACUCUUUAGAUAUAGAUGUAUGUAAUAAGAAAUGGUGUAAAAAGUACAAGAGCCCAAAAGGGGGGUUGAACGUAUGCACUUCAGUUCCACAAUGAGCCACAAUCACAAGUGGAUGCGUCCACGAAUGUUACACAAAUAUCGUUGUACCGAUCAUUUUAUUUACAUUGUUUCCUGAAGAAUUAUUACCAUUUAGAUUUUCUACGAAUAUAAACUGUUUGUAACCGAAAUAAUCCAAUAAACAAUACAUUGAAUAGGCGAAAGUACAUAGAAAUGUGCAAGUGUGCAUUGAAUUAUGAUUAAAAUAAAAGAAAUGAAUAAAAUGUGGGAUAUUGUUAUGUAUACUGUGGUACAUUAAUGUGUAAUUGUUUUGUAAAUAGAUGUAAUAUAAUUUAUAUUAAAUUUUAUUGUGAAUGAAACAUUUCAAUUAAAUUACUUUUAUACGAUUUAAAA